ACCAACCAUGCAUGUAUAUCACCCAACACAACUCAACUCAACACCCACACUGCUACACACAUAAACAAUUCCACACACCAUCUCUCUCUUCUCUCUCACCAAGAAAAACCUUUUGUCCCAAAUGGAAACAGAAACACCACCUCCAACACCGCAACCACAAAAACACUCACUCCCAAUUCGUCUGAACACAUACAUAUCCACCACCCGACUCGGCAAACACUUCAAACUCACCGACCGGAACACCACCUUCACCACCGAGCUCCGAGCAGGCACCACCACGUUCCUCACCAUGGCCUACAUUCUCGCCGUGAACGCAAGCAUCCUCACAGACUCAGGUGGCCCAUGCACCAUCUCAAACUGCCUGACCCUCUGUUCAGACCCCACAGUCCCACUUUCCAACUGCACCCCACCAACUCACCGAGUCAUCAAACCCACAAACUCGUGCAAAUUCCACCCAGUCGACCCAGGCUACUCAUCCUGCCUCGAACAAACACGUAAAGACCUCAUCGUAGCCACCAUAGUUUCCUCUCUCAUAGGCUCACUCAUAAUGGGUGUCUUUGCAAACCUUCCUUUAGCUUUAGCUCCUGGAAUGGGCACAAAUGCUUAUUUUGCUUACACAGUUGUGGGAUUUCAUGGCUCUGGUAACGUACCCUAUGAAAGUGCCUUAGCAGCUAUUUUCAUUGAAGGCUUAAUCUUUCUCUUCGUUUCAGCAAUUGGGUUACGUACCCAACUCGCUAAACUCGUUCCUAAACCCGUCCGAGUGAGUUCCUCAGCUGGAAUCGGUCUCUUUUUAGCUUUCAUUGGGCUUCAAACCAAUCAAGGUAUUGGGCUUAUUGGGUUUAGUCCAUCAACCCUAGUCACAAUCGGAGCCUGCCCGAGAAAUUCUCGGGCAGCAAUAGCACCCGUUAUAACGGGAGCUAAUGGAACCGUCAGUUUAUUAGCGGGUGGUGACGUGUCCAAUUCCGUCUCGGGCGAUAUUUUGUGUUUGGAUAGUAAAAUGUUGAGUCCCACAUUUUGGCUUGGUGUUGUUGGGUUUGUGAUCAUAGCUUAUUGUUUGGUUAAGAAUAUUAAAGGGGCUAUGAUUUAUGGUAUAGUUUUUGUAACAGGGGUUUCAUGGUUUAGGAACACUUCUGUAACGGUGUUUCCCAGUACGGAUUUAGGUGAUUUGGGGUACGAGUAUUUCAAGAAGGUUGUUGAUGUGCAUGUGAUUAAAAGUACUGCUGGGGCCCUAAGUUUUAAGGGUAUAGGUAAAGCUUAUUUUUGGGAGGCUCUGUUCACGUUUUUAUAUGUGGACAUUUUGGAUACUACGGGUACACUCUAUUCAAUGGCUAGGUUUGCUGGUUUUACUGAUGCUAACGGCAAUUUUGAAGGUCAAUAUUUUGCAUUCAUGUCUGAUGCUGCAUCAAUUGUGGUGGGCUCGUUGCUCGGCACAUCUCCUGUGACUGCAUUUAUUGAGUCAUCAACUGGAAUUAGAGAAGGUGGGAGGACGGGGUUAACGGCCGUAACGGUAGCUGGGUAUUUCUUCUUGGCAUUUUUCAUUACUCCGUUAUUGGCGUCGAUUCCGCCUUGGGCUGUAGGGCCGCCUUUGAUCUUGGUAGGGGUGAUGAUGAUGAGAUCAGUGGUGGAGAUUGAGUGGAAUGACAUGAAUCAAGCAAUUCCUGCAUUUGUGACCCUGAUAUUGAUGCCAUUGACAUAUUCUAUAGCCUAUGGUUUGAUAGGUGGAAUUGGGACUUAUAUUGUUCUAAAUAUUUGGGAUUGGGGAGGGAGCCUUUUUAGGAAAUUGGGAAUCAAGAAGGGAUUGAGAGGGAAUAAUUCUCAUAAGGAAGCUUCUAAUGGAAAUAGUAAUGGUGUUUAUGGAGAUAGUAAAACACUUGAGGUUUAAUGAUAGUUCAUAGAUCAUAGAGAGGCCCCGGGUUCGAAUCCUCAAGAUGUUUGUCCCCCAACUUACUGUAGCAAAAAGAUUUAAUCUUUUUCACUAAAUACUAUAAUUAUGAGGUUAAGGAAAGUAAAU